GCAGCAGCAGCAGCUCUGAUCCGGCUCAGCAGGCAGCGGCCCCAGCCUCCGGUCCUAUCCUCCGUGUCCAUCCCCCCUCUCCCCUUCUCCUCACAUCCUCAGUCCGGUGUGCGUCUGUGGGCUGUAGACAUGUCUGCCAGACCGGGCUUUUACCGGCAGGAGCUGAACAAGACUGUCUGGGAGGUUCCGGAGCGGUACCAGAACCUGACGCCGGUGGGCUCUGGAGCCUACGGUUCGGUGUGUUCGGCAUAUGAUGUCGUCUUACGGCAAAAAGUUGCAGUGAAGAAGCUGUCCAGGCCUUUUCAGUCUCUCAUCCACAGCCGCCGCUCGUACCGGGAACUCAGACUGCUCAAGCACAUGAAACAUGAGAAUGUUAUAGGACUACUGGAUGUCUUCUCACCCGCUGCAACAUUAGAAGACUUCAAUGAGCUCUACCUGGUGACUAACCUGAUGGGAGCAGACCUCAACAAUAUUGUCAAAUUUCAAAGGUUGUCUGAUGAGCAUGUGCAGUUCUUAAUUUAUCAGCUUCUACGUGGCCUCAAGUACAUCCAUUCAGCAGGGCUGAUUCACAGAGACCUGAAGCCAAGUAAUGUGGCUGUAAAUGAAGAUUGUGAGUUAAGGAUCCUCGACUUUGGAUUGGCCAGACAGACAGAUGAUGAGAUGACAGGAUAUGUGGCGACCCGCUGGUACCGAGCACCAGAGAUCAUGCUGAACUGGAUGCAUUACAAUCAGAAUGUUGAUAUUUGGUCAGUGGGAUGCAUUAUGGGAGAGCUGCUCAAGGGAAAAGUUCUUUUUCCUGGCACUGACUAUAUUGACCAGCUUAAAAGAAUCAUGGAGGUGGUUGGAACUCCGACACCUGAGCUGUUGAAGAAGAUCUGCUCUGAACAUGCACAGAAAUACAUUCAGUCUCUGCCCUUCAUGCCACAGCAAGACCUGGAAAAGAUCUUUAGAGGAGCAAAUCCACUAGCUGUUGACCUGUUGAAGCGUAUGUUGGUCCUGGACUGUGAUGGGAGGAUCUCCGCCAGCGAGGCACUAUCCCACCCAUACUUCUCGCAGUACCAUGACCCAGAUGAUGAGCCAGAGGCCCCGCCUUAUGAUCAAACACUGGAGAGUAAAGACCGCACUCUAGAAGAAUGGAAAGAGUUGGUAUUUGAGGAGGUGAACAGCUUCAAAGAGCCUGUCAGCAAGACUGAUAGCCUUCAGGUGGAGCAGUAGGCCUCUUUCUGCUCUGCCAAAAAAGGACUGUGUAUUCUAUCAGUGAGAGAAGAAGUGGGGCAAGCAAAGUGAAGAAAGCUCAUUCCUGAGGCAUGGCGCCUUUUCCCUGCUCAGUGUGACUGUGUUUGACUGCCUGUCAUGAAUCUGUUUGAGCAGCAGACAAGGACAAUCUCCAAGGCAUCAGGAUGAGUGUGUACAAAGUUGCUUCCUCCUAUGUUUCUACUGAGUGAAGGUGAAAUAAGGAACUAUUCAAAGUGGCUUCAUCAGACAUCUCUGUGGACAUGAGGAUUCAUACAAGGGCGCAACUUUACAGAACUGAACUGUGUUUACAGACUCAUGGAGAAGUAUUUAAGGUGAAUGACAAAUAAAAAUGCACACUAGGAUUUCCAAAGCAGCAACAGAGCACAUCUGGUCCCUCAUUUUGACAAAUACUAAAAGCAGUCAGUCCGAAGACUUUGACAUUUGGAAUUCAUGUUUAAAGGCUUGCAGCAAUGCCAGGUCAUGUCACAGAACAGCUUAGCAAUUAGCCUGCAUACUACUGCAUGAUUUCUGUGCAUCUUAUUAUCACAGCAUAUUACUAUAUGAUAACUACUUAAACUGCUUAUUGCAUUUGCUACACCGGUUUAAAACCAUCUUGAAAGACAGAGAAAAGAACUACCGGGAUAUGCAACCAUCGUUCACCUUCUGUCUUUAUCUUUUCUGCACGACGACUGUGUCGAAGCCUAGAAAAUCACACAAAAACAUUGUUCUUCCUGCUCAUAGAAUAGUAAACACCAACUGUGCUAUUAAUUAGUAAGGAAAUUAAUACACACCAAAGCUGGAACAUGGUGACUGUGAAGCAGGUCUGUGUUUACAGUGUGACCUUGUGUCUUAUACACAGUUUCCUCUGAUGGAUGAUUUAUAGUAUGAUCAUCUGUUGGCUUUGGCACCGCGGCAUCAACUUUCCAUAGUUCUCUGCGGUGACUUUUACAGCUGGGUUUUGUUUACACUAAUUGAGAUUAUGGGUAUUUCAUAAACUGUUAGAAACAGUUUGCAGAAGAUAUGGAACAGUGCCAGAUAAUAACAUAUUGUACAACUGGUAGCUCCAUCUAAGCAAUGUCUGGUCAAACACUACAGCGGAUGAUUCACAUUAAGUAGCCAUGUUCGGCUAAUUGAAACAAGAGGGAGCUAAUUAGUAAGUCUUCAUGUGACCUCAGUUUCAGUUUAACGCAAGAGGAUGUUAAAGGAAAUUCUCCAUAAAGGUGUGAAAACAGAUACUUUCACCCUUGAUACUGGAGGUUGUUAUAACUUUAUUACAUCCCCUGUUAUAUUAAGGAACGUGUUCACGGGUAAUGUUUGUAUAAUCUAACACAUGCAGCAUGAGCUCAGCGGGUAUACUGAUUAUUAUAACAAGUGGUUGACUUCCUAACUUACAGUGUGUCAUUUAUUUUGCAGUAAUCUGGUGUGCAAAUGUCUCGCUAAGGUACAAAUAACUGGUAGAGUUAAACCACAGUGUGUUCGGACAGUAUCAAUAUGUUGCAGGCCAAAUAUUAUAGCUAAUUUUAUUAGUUUAGUUCUGACACAUCAGUCUGAAUGAAAUACAAAUUUAUAGGAUGUAUUUUCUGUCAGUAUGAUGUGUUUUUGAGGCAGAAUUGUGAAGCCACACACUACCGUCAGAUAAUGCACAUUGGAAUCAGUGUUUCCAGAUGUACAAUAAUUAUUGUAUUUACAAUUCUAAAUCCACCGUAUGAACAAUAAUGUGAAACUUACCAAAAUUGUAUCAUUUUGUAACACCUAAAUGUUGUAAUCAGGCUAGGCAAUCUUAUUUGGAUUAAUUUCCUUGCAUUUUUAGGUUUGUAUUUGGUUAAACUAUUCUUACAUGACACCUUUCCACCUCAAUCAGUCUUGCUUGAAUCCUCCUUACUAAUCAGAAAUAAUUAGAUGAUUGGAGAGUAAUAAAGAACAGUCUACAACAUUGAAUAUGGACAUGGGUGGAGCUCCAGCUCAGCUAUGGUUGAACUACCUGGUAACUGUGAAGGAAACAAACAGGUGUUUGUAAAAAAAGAACACAACACAAAAUCAAGAUUUUUGGAAAAACAGUUUGUAUAAUGUCUUAAAAUGCGGCUGUAAAAAUAAAUAAAUAGUAACCUUUACUUUGUAAGUUGAGCUGUGUAGAACAUUAUCUCCUUCCAAGAUCAGGAGUGGUGUCUGCUGAGUCUACUGUAACAUUAAAAAGAACCCUCCACUGACGUCAGUUUAAUUCAACCAGUUUCAGCCUUAAAGAGACAUUUGUGUUACUGAAAAGACCAAACUUAGAAAUUCUUUUGAAACAGUGUUUUGCCACCACAGUGGUUCAGACUGGAGUUCAACAUGUAGCCUUUUGUGCAGGUCAUGCAUUAACCCCAAGCGACCUGAAGGUUUAGUCUGAAUGAAUCAAAACUGUCUGUCCCAGCUUGUUUCAGCUCUGUCAUUUUCUGAAUGUGGAUAUGUUCUGUGCUUAUGUGGAUGUUGUACAUGUGGUGGAUUUGAAUAGUAACUGCAAACUGAUUGUAUAUGUAUAGGUGUAUGUAUGUACUGUAUGUAUGUUACCAGUUAGAGGUGUCUUUUGAAUACAUGGUGGCAUGUAAUUCAGCAGUAGCCAUGAUGAGUCACUAAAUCGAAUGUCCGCUCUUAAGUUUCGGAUGAUCUUCUCGCUCAUCAUCGAUGGGUAACAUGACCAAGCAAAUCUUCAGAGAAUAAAUAACAAUAUUUCUUUUUGUCAGAA